ACCAAAUGGAGACUAUCCAGGCAUCAAGCUUGAAAUGAGCCUGGUGGUGGAGAUUGUUGGUCUCUAAUGAUUCAAAUAGUACAGGCUGGAAUUGGUGACUCAAGAAAUUGGUGGAACUGCUAAAGAGAAAGGGGUUCCAUCUGGAGUGCUUUGAAAUGAGGGUGCCUCAAAAUCAGGGGAUCUCCAAGUGGGUUGCUCAUUGCAGUCCCCUGAUGCCUAAGUUGAGUCCCACCGUCAGAUGAUUAUGAUGUCACUGCCAAGGUUGUGUUCUGGCCUAAAGCAUGUCAUUAGGAAGAUCUAUACCAGUUAGCAUGAGAGCCCAGCACAUUUAAAAAGACGGAGAAUUUGGAAUGGGAGCCCCACCGUGCUCAGCUUGGGGCAUAAUGGGCAACAUGAGUAUGACAUCCUGAGCAGUCACUAAAAUAAAACCACCAUGGCUUCAGUGUAGACAGGCAUCUUCUCCUGGCACCUAUGGGUAAUGGAAGUUUGGUGGGAGAGCAGGAAUCCCACUGGACUGUGCUUGCACGGCAAGGCCCUGGUUUCCAUCCCCAGCAGUGCUCUCUGCAUAUCUAAGUGAUUCUAUUUCUGUCCCCACCUAACAUGAAAAUGCCUUCCGGAUAUGCCCACACACUCUAAUUAUUAACCUUUCUAACAACUGGUCUGUGUUGCUGGCCCUUCACAUCAGUUUUUCAUAUUUUUUCUGAAAGCCCUCUACAGCUUUCUCGAGUGCACUUUUUUGUUUGAUGGUUUUGGGAGCAUACCUGGUGGUGCUGAGGACUGAAUACUGGCUCUUGCUCAUCUGUGCUCUAGGUAACUCAUGGUGGGACUCGGGGACCAGAUGGGAUGCCAGGGAGCAAACUUGAGGUUGCCACAUGCAAAGCAAGCGCCCUCUCCACUGUGCUUAUACUUUGGUCGCCUUCUAUUUCACCUUUGAAAGUGGCUUUGCCUUGGACCCCUGGCGUGCUUGUGUCUCUGUUCAUCAGCCUCCUGUGUGCUUACUGCUAACUCCAAGUUGUCAGAGGUUGCUUUGGGAAUGCAAACACACACCAUGGCCAGCUGCCUGGAGUUUAGUCCAUUGUAGCCACAGAACUCAGCCGAACUCAGCGCUUCACAGUCCAGUUAUCUUUUUCCAAUGGCUCACUUUAAGUAUCACUUCAGUGUCUUGCAGAGACCCUUGAGGCAUCCUCGGUUCUAGUUGUGCUGUGCCAGGAAACAUAGCCGAGGUCUGAUUUUGGUUGGUGGUUGCUAGUGCCAAGUCACCUUGCUCACUACCUGGUGAGUUUCCUCAAAGCCAACAAGUCACACCUGUGUCCUAUGUGCGGGUGCUGCAGGCUUAGGUGGAGAAAAGCAGGGCUAGAAUUGGAAGCCACAGCCCAGGAUGGCAGGAGAGGAUGUGGGGGCUCCACCCGAUCGCCUCUGGGUUCACCAAGAGGGUAUCUACCGAGACGAGUACCAGCGCACUUGGGUGGCCGUCGUGGAAGAGGAGACAGAUGUCCUAAUGGCACGGGUCCAGCAAGUUCAGGUGCCCUUAGGUGACGCAGCUAGGCCAAGUCACCUCCUCACUUCACAGCUACCUCUCAUGUGGCAACUCUACCCCCACGGGCGCUACAUGGAUAACAACUCGCGCUUGUGGCAAAUCCAGCAUCAUUUAAUGGUCAGGGGUGUACAGGAGCUGCUGCUUAAGCUUUUGCCUGCUGAUUAACCCGAUGCUGGCAUUCUCAGAAGAUCCGCUCCUCUGUUCUCUUCAGUAUAUGGCAAUCAGUUCACCCACCUGUCGGCCCGGGGGAGGGAGGAGGUGGCAAACCUGCUCAUGGACACAGCAGUUUAGGAAGGGUCAUGAAGCAUACCACCCGUGAAACAGUAGAGAUAGGGUCACCCAGGCAGAAGGUGAGCCAACAGAAGCACUUAGUCAGGAGCCCUAGCUGGCAAUCGACUCCUUCAGAGAUGGCCACAGAGUCUGGAGUGGACAUCAGCAGCUGGAACCGAGGGCUGCUGAAGCUUGCCACAGUCAGCACCUGCCACGGACCCAAGGCCCCGUCACCAGUGACUUGGUACUGCUUUCCAGAGAGGAGAGCAGCUUCUAGCAGCACCAGCAUCUUUGUUGCUUACUUGCCCUGCCGCAAUUCACCUGCCUUUCCUGCUCCCACCUGUAAAUAUCCCGAGCUUGUGCUCUGCUCUUUUCCAUCCCAGUGCCCACCUAACUUGGACAUGAGGAGAACUUAGGCAGCUCUGGAAACAAAAGAAGUGAUUUGAAUUGACAUUAGCUGCAAAGCCCCUGGGCUUUUUUCCUUUCUGAAAUUAUGUCUUCACAUUAUUAGAAGUUGCUGUUCCAAAUCAAGGCCACUUAAAUUCAUUCUCUGAUGGCACUUACAUGAAAGAAGUUGGUGUCUGUAAGAUUCCAAAAAUCAUUUUUCACUGCUUAACUACCUUUCUCAGGAAGCAUUUCUAUUGCUGAUUUCUAGGGAAGCAUUUCCUUUCCAACCUGAUCAGUUCGAGUUUAUAUAGUCAUAAUGGUCUUUGGAUAUGUUCAAAGUAAGCCUCGACUUCUUACAAAAACUCUGGGUAAUAGUAGCUACCAUGUAUGUCAUCCUGAGUGCUUUGCUGGCACGAGUGUCUUGUAAUUUCUCUCUCUUUCUCUUAUUUAAUCCUUUCACCCACCAAGGUUUUCAGGUAGGUAUUAUCCCCAUUUACAUGGGACUCAUAAAGAAAAAGGCUCACCAGGGUGAUUUGGUGAAUGGCAAAACUAAGCUUUAGACAGGCACCUCAGGAGUGUGGCUUUGCUCCCUUGGUGUGCUCCACUUAAACCAUUUCCUUCUGAGCCCCCUCCCCCGUUUCCCAGGGUAAAAGCCAUGUAGGCCAACACUCAUUGAAAAACAGCAGCUUCUCCCCCACUGUGUUCUGAAGAAUGUUUCAGAUGUUGCACAUUCAGAAACCAUUCACUUCUACCAAACUUUUUGUGCCCCCACAUUCACUUAUGUGAUCCCAAUAUUGGUCACAUAAGUAUGUUUGUGACCAACAGUCUAGGGAGCUAAACUGUUGAGGAUCCUGACAUGGUUCAGCUGAGUAGAGUGGCAUCAUGUAUUUUCCUAAGUGAAUGAAGCGCUUAUGAGAAAGAAGUGGUUGCCCUGUGAAUGAGGAGGAGUCUUUUGUAAUGUUUGUAUGUGCCAGCCAGUGUGCGGGCAGACUGGCAGACUCAGAGGAAAAGCCAUCAAGAGGGGCUUUGAAGUCUUUAUAGCUAAAAGACAAUAAAAAACCAUUUCUCUUAUUUUAGUUUUCUGGAUAUGCCGCAGAAGGAUCCGUGCCAGAAGCAAGCCUGUGAAAUACAGAAAUGUUUACAAGCCAACGACUACAUGGAGUCCAAGUGUCAGACUGUCAUUCAAGAACUGCAGAAGUGCUGUGCUCGAUAUCCCAAAGGAAGAUCACUCGUCUGUUCGGGAUUUGAAAAAGAAGAGCAAGAAAAGCUGACACAUCCAAAUUGAUAUAAAGUUCUGCUGAGAAGUCAAGUGCUGCUCUGCAAGUCCACCCAGUGAACUGUAUUUCUCCGCCUGACUUGGUCAGGUCAAGGAGCAGCCAGAUAAAAGAAAUGUUAACCCUGAAAGUUAAUGAAUAUGCCACCCACGCAGAACAGAUAGAAAUAAACAUGUAGGAUAUCAGAACAAAA